AUGGUUCACGACUCGCAGCUCAACGCCGCCGUGCCAGGCAUCCCUUUCUUUGCACCAGCACAGGAUCCAAGCACAGGGACUGCAAAACAGCUUGAACCAGACACUCCGACGAUCUUCCGUCCCCUCAAGAUCCGCGGCAUCAUGCUGCGAAACCGUAUCUGUGUGUCCCCCAUGUGCCACUACUCAUGCGCCGCAAGUGGACCGCAGACGGGUGUCUUGACUCCUCUGUACUAUACUACCAUCGGCCACUAUGCCUUCCGAGGAGCAGCGUUGGUCAUGCUGGAAGCAACUGGUGUUACGCCUAAUGGCCGUAUCAGCGUCAACUGUCCUGGGAUCUGGAACGAUGCGCAGAGAGAUGCCCUCAAGAACCUGGCAGACUUUGUGCACUCCCAGGGAGGUCUUAUCGGGUUGCAGCUUGGCCACGCCGGGAGGAAGGCGAGCACUCUGGCGCCGUGGGUUGCCACUCGUAUGGGACAGGGAAGUGCUAGGGCUGAUGAAUCUCAAGGCGGGUGGCCUGAUGACGUUGUCGGGCCAUCCGGAGGCUUGGAUUCUGUCUGGGAUGGAAAGGCUAGUCAAGACCCAAAGGGCGGGUUCUGGGAGCCGAGAGAGAUGAGUAUUGGGGAAAUCUCCAACUUGAUCAGAAGCUUUGCGAAGGCAGCAGAACGAGCUGUCUGGGCCGGUGUAGAUGUACUCGAGGUUCAUGUUGCCCACGGUUAUCUCCUCCAUCAAUUCGUCAGCCCUAUCACGAAUCAGAGGAAAGACAAGUACGGUGGUAGCUUCGAGAACCGGAUACGGCUAGUCCUUGAAAUUAUCCAAGCUGUCCGAGAUGUCAUCCCCGAAUCCAUGCCUCUGUUUGUCCGACUCAGCGCAACUGACUGGAUGGAGAAGUCAACCUUGGGCAAGGACCUAGGAAGUUGGGAUGUCCCCAGCACGAUCCGCCUUGCAAAGCUUCUCCCUGACUUGGGCGUUGAUGUCCUCGACGUCAGCUCCGCAGGGAAUCAUCCACAAGCCGCCCACAACGUGUUUGACGCUGGAAGGGAGCAAGCUGCCAUUGCGGCGAGGGUGAAGGAGGUACUGGAAAGGGCAGGCAAGCGGAUGAUCAUUGGUACUGUCGGUGAGAUUACGGAUGCCAUCCAGGCUAGAGACUUGGUCCAGGAGGGCGCUGCGGGUAGUGUUGAUCUAAUUUCGGUCGGUCGGCAGUUUUUGAAAGAGCCGGGUUGGGUUUUGAAAGUUGCUCAGGAAUUGGGCGUGGACGUGGCUUGGCCGCAGUUUAUUUCGCGACCGCAGAUAUCUCAGAUACUCACAAAGCUCUAA